AUGGGUGAGCAAAGCAAAGAGAGUGAGCCUGACGAGGCAUCCUCUUAUCACCCCUUUGUCCGCUCUGAGGUUGAAUACGACGCUGCAACGCGGCUCCAAAUGGCUGAAGAGAUUGCCUCCACUAGAAGAAUGUUUGUUUCACCGAUUCUCAAAGAUAUCAUCGUGAACCCCGAGAACUUCUAUCAAGAGUGUCAGCAGUCCGCGAAGGUAAAGAAAGUAACACUGAAGUUUGCUAAUUGCAUAAUUCAGAUGGCAGAAGAUGCCAACCAAAGGCGUCAAAUGUCGUUUAAUACGAAACGCGAAGCGUAUAUUCAUCAAAUGAGAGCAAAGGGGAUUCCUCUACCAUCCAAAAUCCCAAUGAUCGAGAUUAACCCAACUAGAGUAACCCUCAGUCUGGAAUUCGAGUCCCAGUACUAUUCAUUAAUGACCAACGAUUAUGGAGAUCACGAGAAUGUUGCCUCAAUUAUGCAAAAAACUAACACUCUCAUCCAACUUCCUGACCACACAGUCGGAGGAGCUGCUCCUGAUCCGUUCACUCAGCAAGUAACAAUCACUGGCCAUUAUAGUGACGUCGACAGAGCCCGAAAGUUGAUGAGAGAGAACUGUCAUCUCUCCGUGAUCAUGUCACUCAAUGAAAUGAAAAUUUCACCGCCCGAGCUCCAGGAUUUUGUCGGACAAAAUCCCAUUCAAAAUGUGGAGAUGUCCCUCAUUAAUUAUGCUGUAGAGAAGAAAGGACGAGUUAGACCGUAUCUCCGUUUCACUAGCCGAGCGAAAAACGAACAAGAUCUCGUCAGUGCUGCGAACAAGAUAAUUCAGAAAGCAUUCGGAAAAGAACUUCCAAGACAACAUCCAUUAAUUGAACAACGCACUAAUGUGAUUAUCACCUAUCCACACUACAAUACAAAAGAUGACAUUAGGGAAAACUUGCUGGUUGUUAAGAUUGAUGGAACAGUAGAAAAUGUCCUGCAGGCAAGGAAAUGCUUAAUGGAUCUGCUUCCUGUAUCGAUGUGUUUCAACAUGAAGAACACUGACAUGGCUGCGCAAAGUAAACUAGCUGAUAGAUGUGUUCAUGUUGUCAUAGAGGAAAGCCGAACAAUGCUCAAAAUGACACCAUCAGUGUAUGAGCCGAGUGAACUUUUAUCCGAAGAAGUUCCUCUUCACUGCGCAAGUCUGCGUUCCAAAGAAUUCAACAUCAAACACAUGUACACAGCUUAUCAGAAAGUUCUUUCGCUCCAUUUGGCAUCGGUCGCUUCCACAAUCAUUCUUUUCCUUCCAUGUGCCAUGUCGCGGAGAAUCAUCGGAUUCUACACUCAACCAUCGACGUCACAGAAGCUUAUCUGGGGCUUCUUCUCGUUCGAGACACAUGCCGAAAGAAAAUCGGGACCCGAGGGUUCAAGUGCCCCCAUGAGGUCAAGUGCACGAGUAUCUUCGGUUUCCGAGUGCAUUGGUACGGAUGAUGGAUACACGUCAACUGAACUCACAUUCCAUUUUCAGCACAACCCUUCCUGGCAAUGCCGCCGUUUCCAGAUCCCUAGCCCAGCUACUGAUGAUGCAGCAGCAACAUGCGUUCAUGAAAGGAUCACCGGUGAUUCAUCCGACUCCCAUUCCAUUGUUCAUGAUCGACCCAACUACCGAAUCGUCAACGAGUGUGCGUCCCAUAUGCCGCUCCAGAGUUUGUCCCGUUUGAGUCAUUCAACUUUUUUCAAUUUCCGUGCUUGCCUAUCAGUGAAGUUUCCAGCCGAUCAGACAGGGAAUCGACCAGACCAUCAGUCAACUUCAAGUCAACAAAAUCACAUGAAUAGGAAACCGGGAAGGAUAAUGAAUAGACCAGCUUCAGCCGCUUCCACCUACAACCACACAUCAUCAACUCAACGUCCGAGGCGAAUGUAUGAACAACUGAGGGACGAUGAUGCUCGAAGCACAAGAUCUGGAUCGAGAAGAACCUCUAUCUGUGGAGAUGAGCCAACUGUUGGGAGUUUUGAAGAUCGUGGUUGGGACCGGCAACUCCCACGUCAUCAGCAGAGGUUCUCAAAGGAUGAGAACAUGCGCUGGAAAACUGGGAGUCGAGGAGAUGUCCAUGGAAAGCGUAAUACAUAUCCUCAAAAAGAUCCACGUGGACAAGGACCCACUCGUGACCACGACUUUGUAUCUGCGGGAUCGUCGGAACGCCCUCAGUCAAAUCAAUCAGAUCAAAAUCAACUGCAAACGAUACACCAUCUAAAAUUGAAACCAAAUGAUAUCGAUUUAGACCAUGAAAGGUUGUUCACCCAUGAUUCACCACAUCUUGAAGACGCACCGGACAAGAAUGGAUUUGCAAAUGAGCUCAUGGAUGGGGAUUUUGUACAGAGACUGCUCUCAAAUGUCAAUUUAAGCGAUCAGAAGAAACGGUCCAGAGCGAUUAGCUGUGUUCUUGAUAGAGACGAGCAAUCCGCUCGUCAAACAGAUUCCGAUUGUGCGUACAGUCUCACUGACCAGGGCAGCAGCCAUCCGUCACGCUCGAUCGAUAGUUUCAAAAAGAUGGCAGGAAUCGGGGUUACAAAAACUCUGCUGGAACCGAGGACUCGUGCCGACAAAGAGUACGGUAAAAUUUGUCUUGAGCACAAAGAAAAGUACUCGGGAGAAGGGAAGGAUGAAGACAACUAUCUGGAAAUGCGUCCAUCUCUCGGUUCGCGACAAUACAGAAUCGAUCCGAUGAAACUAAUAGCAAGUGUGCGAGAGUCGAGUGAGCAAUUGCCACGUAUACACGAACGACAGUUCAAUGAUGUUCUGAACGAUAAGGGGAGAGAAAUGAAACAACGUCCCCAAUGGAUUAUGCAUUCCGCAGCGAACAAUCAUCAGAAACCAUACAAUAAAUUCGUUGAGAUGUAUUGA